AUGACCACCAAGGAAUCCGAGAUUGCCUCGAACGAACACCCUGCCUACCAGCAGGCCGAUGGCUCCAAUGGCCAUGACCUCGGUCGUCAGAUCUCGGUCACUCUGACCCCACAGCAGUUCGAGGAGCUGUACCUGCAACCCAGCAUCAAGUCCAGAAGCCAGAUGGGCCUGGUAAAGACAUUCGGCAACCCAACCUCUUUUGGCAUCGUCUCUUUCCUCCUCACCCUAAUGCCCACUUCUUGCUGCUUGAUGGGCUGGCGUGGGGCCACUUCCAACUCGCUGCUAGCUCUCAUCGGAGCCUUCUACUUCAUGGGCGGUAUGGCCAUGAUCAUUGCUGGCUUGCUUGAGUUUGUCAUCGGCAACACCUUCCCUUUCCUCGUCUUCGCUUCCUUCGGCACCUUCUGGCUUACCCUGGCGGGCUACUUGGACCCACGCUUCGCCUCCCAGGCCACACUUCUCUCGGGCGAAGGUGGAAGCCCAGCUGCAUACUACGUCCCCUUCGGCUACUACCUCAUUUUUUGGGCCGUGUAUACCUACUUCCUCACCCUCGCUGCCUUCCGAACCAACGUGGUCCUCGUCUGGAUCUUGUUCUUUGUCGCCCUCACAUUCACCACCCUCGGCGCUGCCUACCUCAAAUUCGGCGAAAGCUCCCUCGCAGCCGGUGCCAACCUGAUCACCGCCGCCGGUGCUUGUGGUUUCACUGCUUGCAUGGGUGGCUUCUACAUUCUGCUUCAUCUGUGUCUCGCCGCCACCGACUUUCCCUUUAACAUUCCCCUCUUUGACUUGGCUCACCUGUGGGGUGCCAGGCAGUGA